AUGAUUAAUGAAAUAUCAAGUUUGUGUAUUCCAAUUGCCUCAGAUGGUUUUCUAAAAUAUAAUGAGUCCAAGGAUGAUUCAAUAAAUGGAUCAAAAGAUUUUUUUAUUUUACCUGAUACUUUUCGUGAAAUAUUGAAUCAACAAAACGUUUCUAAGUAUCAUGGAGCUUCGAAGAGUAAUAGAAAUUGUGUUAUGUUCAACAAAUAA